GGGCAGGACAGGGAGCCGCCCAGGUCCUUGUUAGGGAAUGUUUCAUCAGUCUGCCCGGAGAUGUGUCUAGAAAGAUCCUAGAAGAGCUGCAGAGCUGCCAGCCAUUCCCUGCUGCAGAGAGACAGUCACAUGGCACAAGCCAAGAUCCAAGCCAAGGCUAACGAGGGGCACAAUGGGGGCAAGUUCUGCCGCUCUAUGUCCAUGGCAGUCCGGUCCAGUCACCUGGUGGAGGUUCUGGAUGACCUGGAGAUAAGAGUGCAAUCCCUGCGGGACUCAGCAUCUGCACUGGAGCUGGAGAAAGAUUCUAUAAUAGAGAUAAUUCACAGUGUCAAGAACAGCCAGGACAUGAGGAACAUAAGUGAUGGUGAAAGAGAAGAACUAACAUUAACUGCAGAACGUCUGAUGAGCCGCACAGUGACGGUAGAAGUCUCAGUGGAAACCAUCAGAAACCCCCAACAAACCUCAGCUCUCCAGAAAGCCACCUUGAUUAUUGAUGAGAUUCUGAAGAAAGUCAUGGACAACUUGGAAGAUGGAAAGAAACAGCUGAUUUCCUUGUAUGCAGCUUGUACUUCUGAUGUCCCGCCUGGACCCAUUGAUCAGAAGUUCCAGUCUGUCAUUAUUGGCUGUGCAUUAGAGGACCAAAAGAAAAUUAAAAGGAGACUAGAAAAUCUUAUUAGGAACAUUGACAAUUCAGAGAAGUCCAUCACACUGCUGGAGAAAUCGGUUCCUCUCAAGAACAAUUAAAUCUAAAGCAUCCAGACAGGAGGAGACAUGUAUGUGAUUAAUUAAAGGGGUUAUCCGAGUUACAGGGGAAAAAAAACACGUAUAAAACUCAUCAGGACAUGUACAUAUACAUUAGUUAAGCUUGAUUUCUUAAGAGAAAA